CAGCCAGCGGCCAACCCUCGACGACGUACAGUGGCAGCAGCACGAGCAAGCUUCCAUCGACGACGACGACGACAACGACUAGCUAGUCUCCCGGCUACCAGCUGAGCUGCUAGCUGACCAGCGUCAUGUCGACGUCGUCGCCGGCGAGCGGGGCCGCGUCGCCGGAGGCGGAGGGCGGCGGGGGCAGGAAGUACAAGGGCGUGCGGCGGCGCAAGUGGGGCAAGUGGGUGUCGGAGAUCCGGCUGCCCAACAGCCGGGAGCGCAUCUGGCUGGGCUCCUACGACGCGCCCGAGAAGGCCGCGCGCGCCUUCGACGCCGCCUUCGUCUGCCUCCGCGGGCCAGGCGCGGCCGGCGCCGACCUCAACUUCCCGGACUCGCCGCCGCCGCCGUGCCGCCACAGCGUCGACCCGCAGGAGGUGCAGGCGGCCGCGCUCUCCCACGCCAACCGCGCCGCCGUCUCCGCCCGGGAGGCCGCCGCGGCGCUCAUGGACGUGGCCGACGACUGCUUCUCGCGGGCGCCGGCCGCGCUGUCUACGGACCAGUGGUCCGUGACGCAGCCGUCGUGGGCGCAGCAUGAGAACGGCGCCAUGGACAUUUUCGGCGACGAGGUGGCGGCCGCGCCGGACGACAGCAUCGACUGGCGCUCGGUCAUGGCGCACCAGCCGCCGCUCUUCUCGCCGACGGCCGGCUGGGGCAGCAAUGCGUACGACUUCCUGCAGGUGACGCCGCCGCCGCCGCAGGGCGACGAGGACAUGGAGGAGUGUGGCCAUGGCGCCAGCGCUUCCCUGUGGAGCUUUGACUCCCGAGACUCCUACUUCAGAUACUAGUUUUCUUCUUCUUUUUACAGGUCUAUACUUCAUAUACACUAUUAUAGUUAACAUACUGUCACUGCUGCAGUUAACCUAAAACGUGCACAAUUUCAUCAGGUGCAUUGCAAAGAGUAUUACAUUUGCAUUGCUAGUUUUAACACUGUCUACAGACGCUUGUUUUUUCCUGUCUUAUUUGUAUCUUGCAAACGGAAAAUGCAAAAGUGAAACAGAAAAUUUGUAUGGCCGCUUAAACAAAAGAAGAAGAUGUAUAUGGAUGUACUACAAGGUUACAGUUCAUUUCAAAUACAGUUUUGCUAAGUCUCAGUCGACCGAGACUUCGUUAUGUCUCUAUCGAUGCUAUAUUCAUUUGACUUUUGCAUGGAGAUUCGUACUAAAUUUUUCUUUUCGGUUUUUCCAUUUUGCUUCUUAUAUACUAUAUUACUUGACUGAGACUUGGUUAAGUCUCAGUCGACCGAGACCUAUCCACAACCUUUCAAAUAUCGCAAACAGCUCGCUACAUCCAAGUCCCUUGUCGAAAUCAACAUCAUGAGCCGUCCUAUGUUUUCGCGUUGAAGUUGUGUAGAGAAGAAGGCAACCGAGACUAGAUCAGACUGCUGCUAGUACCAUUUACAUAGACAUCGAAAUAGAUGGACCCACGUACCCCAAGCUUUUCAAACAGCACGUUCAGCAUUUUUUGUGAUGUUUAUUUUACUUAAUUACCACAGGGCAACAAUGUUCCGAGGGUUUACACAAGUAGUACUCCUAUACAAGGAGGGAAGAAACAAUUACUAGGCUGGAAGAAAUAUCACCCUGAGCUAGCUAGAUAAGGCAGAAUAAACGUUACAAUCUCUUGCAGCCAGGUGAAACAACAUACUAGUGCACUGCUGCCUACUUUUCUUCAGAGGAUCGACGAUGAUCUCGCGAAAAGAAAAGUCAAGGAUGCUUUGUCUGGAGCAGAAUUUUCCGCUCUGAUUGAUGAACAUAUAUGCACGGAUAUUCAAGGGUAGCUGCAUGAGAUGCACACACUCAAUUCCAUGUGCGAACCAGACGCUGGAAUAAUAAAGAAAAAGGGCUAGAUCAGAUGCACGCCACACCACACAAGCCCUAGCUAGGCGCAUAUUCAUGGGCAACUUGCGAUGGUAGACAACACGGGGGGUCGUUUUCAAGCAUGUGCCGAAUAGCAAGAUCCGAGUAUACAAUGCACUGUGUGUGUUUGUGACACCUAUAUGUCUAAUCUGGCUCCGGUUUCUGUGUCUAGCAACAGUUCCAACUGAGGCCCGAAAAGGACGCGCGCGCACUCCACUAGCUAGCUGUUGCGUUGUCUCUGUUGUCCUUCCAUGGAUGCAGCAUCUAUCAAGCAAUUACUCCCUCCGAUCCAAAAUAGGCAUCGCAGUUUUAAACUGAG